GAUGCGUGACGGGUCCUGAUCCACCCCAGUCUCCACCUCACCCCUCUCCACUCGACGGCUCGAUCCUUGCUGCCCGACCUUUUUUUUUGAUCUGCUAUGCUGUAGACUAAUCGCGAUUAAGGAAAUAAGGGGGGAAAAGGAGGAAGGUCCAAGCGGCGGCAGCAGCAAAAACCCGCUCCGAAAGGCAGAAAACCACAAUAAACAAGGCACGCAACGAAUCCGAUCCCGAUUUAAUUCGCCCAAAUCCGUCGAUUAAUCCCCACGCCGGCCGCGUCAUGCUCCGGCCAUUCCUCUCCCCUCCCCUCACCGCUCUGCCGCCGCCCCCUGCCUCCACCGCAGCAGCCGCGGGCGCCGCGGCGAUGCGACCCGCAUCCUCCUCCUCCUCCCGCUCCUCGGCCGGCGGAGGCGGGGCCCACCACCACCAACACAACCACGGCGGCCACAGCAUCUCCGUCUCUCCGCCGACGUGCAGGCACGCCCCAUCGUCGGCCACGCUCGAUCUCCUCAUCCUGCUUCUCGUGCUCUUCUCGCUUGCCUUCCUGCUCGCCUCCUCGCUCUCGCACGUCGCGCGCUCGCUCUCCCCGCUGCUCGCCACGCCGCCCGCCGCCGCGGCGCUCGCCUACGCCACCGCCGCACUGCCUUACCUGGCCGCGGCGGCCGUGCUCGUCGCCACCGCGUUCCUCUCCUGUCGCCGGCUCCCGCGGCGCCGGUGCCGCAACCCGCGCUGCCGCGGCCUGCGAAAGGCGCUGGAGUUCGACGUCCAGCUGCAGACCGAGGGGGCCCUUCGCGCCGGCGCCGGAAGCACCGCCGGCGGCGCCGAAGCAUCCAUGUGGCGCGAGAUCGAGGCGCUGCCGUGGAAGGGCGGCCAGGGCGGAAACAACCCAGACUACGAGUGCCUUCGCGCCGAACUCCGCCGGAUGGCGCCGCCUAACGGCCGAGCCGUGCUGCUCUUCCGCAACCGGUGUGGCUGCCCUGUUGCUAAACUCGAAGGAUGGGGCGCCCCCAAGAGCAAACGGCGCAACAAGAAGGGCACGCAAGGUUCGUUCCAUGACCGAGGGCUGAGGUGAACGCAAGUCCGGUGUCGCCAGUUGCAAACUUGCAACACUGUUGCUUUAGACUGCCAUGUUGAAUAAUACUUCUAGCAAAAGAUACGCCAAUCACAGUUUACAUGUGGGUUGCGCCAUGAUUGUAUUGUUACGGGUGUUCGGUGAACCCCAACAGUUAUGCCGAUACAAAGACGAGACGCAACAAUAGAACUGUUAAUAAAGGACAAUGGGCUUGUUUCA